CGCUAUUGCCGCUAAGUUGCGAUUAAAUAGAGUCGAUAUUUGUAUAUUGAUAUAUGCAAUAAUUUUUUAACCCACUGUUGAAUAGAGUUAGGAUUUUGUUAAUUAAAUCUCAUAUAAUUUCGUUUUGAAAUGGGAAAAGAAGGUAAUCAUCGCUUAAGUCUAUCCAAACGACAACAGCCACCACAACAUCAUAACUUUUCAAUAAACGGGGAAUCUCCCCAUAUUCAGUCUUUUUCAAACUCUGUUCCGUCGAUGGGGCAACAUGACAGCCCAAAGGUACAGACGAGCAAUGUCAAUAUUCUUAAAUUUCCUUAUAUUCGCACUAGAAAUACUUUUACAAAAAAAACUGCAGAUGUAGCUACUUCGCCCAACUCUGUUACCAGAAAAGUUAAAAGGCGACGCAAUAGUGAAACUUCUAGUGACGAAGAACGAUGGCUUAAUGCCAUAGAAACCGGAAAACUAGACGAUGUUGAUGAGGAAAUGAAGAAAAUGAAAGACCCGAAACUGAUGACAGCUCGUCAACGUGCCAUGUACGAUACUGACACAAAUGGGUUUGUCGAAGAGCUAAUUUCACUUCCAAGUGGUUACAAAGAAAAGGAAAAGCCGCAAACGGCGGAGGAAAUCCAUAGAGCUGUUCUUAAAUCUCAGAAACGCAAACAGCAAGCUGACGAACGUCGAGAAAAAGAUAAAAAAAAAACGAUGGAGCGCUUGUUAAAAAAGCAGGAAAGCAACAAACAACGCUUAUUGACUCGCAACAAGCAUUCACAAAAAUCAUCAUAUCCAAAAAUAACCUAUAUAAGUGCUAUAAAUGGUAACUAUAUAGUUGUACCACCAGGUCACGAAUUCCUUCUGAAGGCACAAUUACCUCUCACACCGCCCCGCUCACAAUUGUGCUCUGUUAGCGGUUGUGGAAAUCGAAAGGCAUACAACUGUUCAACUACAAAACUGCCCCUAUGCAGUCUUACAUGUUAUCGUAAAAAUAUUUCACACAGUUUUAACCAAUAAAUAAAAGUCAACUCAA